UCCUUGGUAUAUUCCAGGGGCUGGAUUGCCCUUGGUUUGAUUUGAUAGAAUUUAGAUACAAAUAGUUGCCAAUGUGGUCGCGUGGCAUAUUUCCCUUUACGGGCGUUAUUUCACGCUAUUCGUGCAGGUCUAGUUUCCUUUGUGAUAUUAAGCGCAACUUUUGUACUACCGCUAGUGUGGUGACUCACCAACGCUCGUUGCGCAACGUAUUGAAGUUAUCUUCUGUAUGUCUUGUUGGUACUGGUUUAUACUACUACUACGGCCGGGGAAACCUACCUUUUUUAUUUUCUAUUCCACUUGAGCAUAUAGAUGAGGAAAAAUUCGAUGGCACUGAUAAUGUUGUUGUAGUUCUGCUUGGCGGCAACCGCCGUAAACAUUACCCUCGUCGGCAAAUUGAGCUAUUGCAAUCAAUAGUUCCCAAGGGCGUCCGUAUAUGCUACACUGUGAAGGAGGGUGGCGACUACUCCAACCCUCCUGCAAUGCUUUACAAGGGUAUGCGCAAGCAAUUUUACGGUUCAUUGGAUUUAACUGAUAAAUCGCAAUUUGAUGCUCUUAAGGCUGACAUGAUAGAAUUCUUUCAGCCUGUAUCGCAGGACUAUUCCAAGUUACAUCAGGACACUAGGAAUCCCGAGUUUGUUACAUACAACACCUUUCAGGAGCGUGUAGUUCGUGAAGCUACCCCUCGUGCUCCUAUAGUAUUACAGUUAUAUGAGAAGGGAUGUUUCCUUUGUUUUUUAAUGCGUCCUUUUAUUAAUAGCGUGAAUCGUCAUUUACAGGAGAUUAAGAGUCCUGUAAGAAUCAAACGGCUGGAUAUUGAAUCUAACGACUUUCCUUCUGGGUGCCCGAUAACUCGUGCUACUCCUACUUUCGUUCUAUUUAAUGGACGCCCUACUGGCGACAAGUGGUCUGAAUUUAAACCUCGUGAUUUUGUUCGUAAAUUAGCAGAGAUUGCCCAUUUGGAUUCCAGGAGUCAAUCCUAUUUGGAAUCCUUGACUGAUGAUGUAUCACGUCGUUUUGCUUUGUUCGGUCGUUGGGCUCAUUGGGUAUCGCAAUCACAAUCUAUUCAGGAGCGUGUUCUUACGGGUCAGCCGGUGAAUGAGGACGAGAUACAAUCUCGUGUUUUGAACUCUUUGAUGCUACUAGACAUGGAGCGUCACGAUGACCUGGAAUCUAACUUGAAAGGCCUGCAUAGUGACAUUACAUCUGCUGAGCAGGACUGCUUAGCUGUAGUUCAGGUAAUGGCUGAUGAGAUUCUCCGUUCUGAGCGUGGUGGCUAAAUGUCACUGCAACACUGAUGUUUACUGUAUAAUGCAUGUCUAC